AUGGCGAGGCUCACAGCCGUUCUCACUGCGUGCGUCCUCCUGUGCGCGUUCCACGCAGAGUUCGCCCACGCACAGGUACCACUUCCUCCCUCUCCGCCCACCUUCGCCCUCCGCGCCCUGUCUGCCCUUCGCCCUCCUGCUGCCCUCCCCCCUCCUUUCUUUCUUCCCCCCGACGUCUUUCUUCUCUUUAACCACCACCGGUCAAAGCUCUCAUCUUGCUGUGUUCUUCUGUCAUUACCGUUCUCCGUCGUCUCAUCUCCUUCCUGUUCAUGCAUCCCCCAUCCGUGGUCGCCCCCCCUCCUCCCACCGCUCGUCACCACCCGCCACACCUCUACCCCCCUUACCCGCCCCUCACCACGCUCAACCAUCGCCCCUCGACUCACAACGCCUCUUCCACUCGCGCCCUCCUUCUCAACCCCCCCCCCCCCCCCCCCCCCCCCCCCCCCCUCCCCCUCUCUCCCCCCUACAUCCGCGCAGCUGAAAACACAGGGGAAGCUAUACGAGGUGGGGUCGGGGCUACUACGCUACUUCAGCCCGUGGAACCAGGACGUGGUGGGCUGGAUUCCCCCCAGAAACAUCAAGCCCGGCGAUAUCAUUCUGUUCCGCUGGCUGGGCCGGCACGACGUGCGGCAGUUCCCCACGAUCAUCGGGUACAGCACGUGCAGCUUCUUCCUCUCCAAGACGCUAUCGUCGGGCACCUAUUUCGGAUUCUACCGUUACAUAGUGAAGCCCACGGACAAGGGCACCACUCUCUACUUCGGCAGCAGCAUUGGUGAUGACUGCCAGCGCGACAUGAAGGUCGCCAUCCCGAUUCCCUAG